GCAGCCUGGCAUGUCGCUGAGACCUUUCCCAGGGCGGAGCCAACGUGACACAUCAAGGGCUUGUAAGCAGAGGAAGGAGGCUGGCUGCUGCUGGCUCCCAUUCACAGGGCAGCUGCUCGCUCUCCUGCUGUCAGCUCCUGGGCAAAGGUGGACAGGAAGGGCAUCCCCCGAGCGCCUGGCACCGCUGCCACCAGUCCUCUCACGGAGCAGGGGGGACACAGCUAAGGUCUACCUUGUCACCAUGAACAAGAUGAAAAAUUUCACGCGACGGUUCUCCCUCUCUGUUCCUCGAACCGAGACUAUAGAAGAGUCGAUCACGGAAUUCACAGAGCAGUACAACCAGAAAAACAGCCGACAUAGCGAAGGUCUUGGACAUUCCCACCUACAACUGUCACACUUGAGCCCAGGGAAUCCUGCUCUGUCCCCAUCUGAUGGAGAAGACUUGUCUCCCACCGAGCUACAUUACAGGAAUCCCGGACACCGACGUGUGUCUGUGGAUCAUGUGGGUAAACCAUUCUCUCUACCUGUGGACCUCCGGUUACCACCAGAGCUUCUUGAAAAACUACAGAUGAAUAGUCCGGAAGACUUUCCAAAACAUGAAAGUCGAAUGUCAAGAAGAGCGUCCUUGUCAGAUAUUGGAUUUGGAAAACUGGAAACGUACGUGAAGUUGGAUAAACUGGGAGAGGGUACAUAUGCCACUGUGUUUAAGGGACGAAGCAAGCUCACAGAGAAUUUAGUGGCCCUAAAGGAAAUCAGACUGGAGCAUGAAGAGGGUGCACCAUGCACAGCAAUCAGAGAAGUAUCCCUUCUGAAGAAUCUGAAACAUGCUAAUAUUGUAACACUACAUGACAUCAUCCACACAGAAUAUUCUCUAACGUUGGUCUUUGAAUACCUGGAUAGUGAUCUAAAGCAGUACCUGGACAACUGCGGCAAUCUGAUGUGCAUGCACAAUGUCAAGAUUUUCAUGUUUCAGCUUCUUCGAGGUCUGUCUUACUGUCAUCGUAGAAAGAUCCUUCAUAGAGACCUCAAGCCACAGAAUCUAUUAAUCAAUGAAAAGGGAGAGCUGAAGCUGGCAGACUUUGGUCUUGCCAGAGCCAAAUCUGUACCCACCAAAACGUACUCCAAUGAAGUGGUGACACUAUGGUACCGACCACCAGAUGUUCUGCUGGGAUCUACAGAGUAUAGCACGCCUAUAGACAUGUGGGGAGUUGGCUGUAUUUUGUAUGAAAUGUCCACUGGACGACCCAUUUUUCCUGGUUCUACGAUUAAAGAAGAACUGCAUUUAAUCUUUAGGCUUCUUGGAACACCCACUGAAGACACGUGGCCUGGUAUAUCUUCCAAUAAAGAGUUUAAGGCUUAUGGUUUUCCACAGUACCGGGCACAACCACUGAAAAGCCACACACCUAGAUUGGAUUCUGAUGGGAUUGAGUUAUUGUACAGUCUGCUGUUGUAUGAGGAUAAGAAGAGGAUAUCAGCAGAUGCCGGUCUACAUCACCCGUACUUUAAAACUCUUGGAGAGAGCGUGCUGACACUGCCAGACAAUACCUCAAUCUUCACAAUGAAGGAAAUCCAGCUUCAGAAAGACCCUGGUCACCGUGGCUCCAUCUUUCAUCAGACAGGUCGUGGAAAGACCAGGCGACAGAGUAUAUUUUAAAGCAACUCUUGGACACUGGAUAACCUCCAUUCUUCACUGCCAGGGACUCCUGCAGUAAUAAAAAAAAGCUAGAAGUAUUAACAUUAACUUACCAGUCUGCAGUGAGUCUUGUGCCAAAUGUACUGUUAUGUGGGUAUCAAUGCUGGGUCCAGGGACGUGUAGGAUAUGAGGGAUUACUUCUAUGGAUCCCAUCAGCGCCUUAUUAGCCCUCUUCAUAAGGACAGCUUAACUAAAUGUCUCCAAAAAUGCCAUAUGGAUUUGCUUGUUAUUUUACCCACAAGAUUUAUUUUACAUGUCUAGGUUGGGCUUUGCUGAAAGAGUUCACAGUACUCCGAGUUCCAGAUUGCAUAGAUAACGAAACAUAGCUAUGCUCCCAGGGAAGUGGUUAAUAUUGUAAACUC